AUGCUUCUACAACUCCUACCCUACUUUGUCCUCGUCGCGGUACUCGUCGAGGCUGUGCGGCGACUGCGCUCGCCACUGGCAAAGCUGCCGGGCCCCAAAUACACGGCUUGGACGUCACUGGUGCUCAAGUACCGCGAAUUCACCCACGGUCGCCGCCUGUACAUCCAUGACCUCCACCAGAAGUACGGCGCGGUCGUCCGGCUGAGUCCCGACGAGGUGUCCUUCUCGAGCGCCGACGCGGCCAAGGAGAUCUACAUGUCGGGCGGCAGCGGUUAUGACAAGACGCCCUUCUACUCGCUGUUCACGCAGUUUGGGACGCGCACGCUGUUCUCCACGCUCCCCAGGGCGGAAAAUUGUUGGCUAACUCUUCUGGGCGGCGGCGGCCGCCCGUUCCAGCACAGCUACAUGAAGCGAUACUUGGCCGACCGCUACGCAAACACCAGCAUCAUGAAGCCCGACAUCUUGAACGGCAUCGCCCAGCAUGCCCGGGAUUUUUUGAGCAAGUGUCUCGACCAAUGUUACGGGAGUGACGGAUUUGCCGACAUAUAUGUAUCUCUCCACUGCUUUGCCCUGGAUGGGGUGACUCAUCAGCUUUUCCACCCGUACGGCACGCACGCCAACAGGAAUGAAAAGGAUUUGCGUCUGAUGCAAGAAUUGUCCUAUCACGACAGUUUGAAAAGCAAUGUCGCCAUCUAUUACAUGCCGUGGCUCUCCAAUAUCAUUCACCGCAUCAGCCCGCCAAAGCCGGCUCCGCUGUCAAAUGAAUACGUCCUGACGGCCAGCGCAUCUCCCUCGCCAUCACCGUUCAGUCUCCUCUCCAAGCUUCAUGCACAGGCCAAGGCUACCAACAUGGCCCCCUAUGCCGUGCCAGCCGAAUGCAAGGAUCACCUGGCUGCUGGGGUCGACACGACAGGCGAUGCCCUCUGUUUCUUGAUGCACCACCUCUCAUUACCCACGCCGGCCUCCCAACGCAUUCAAGGCCUGCUGCACGAGGAACUGACGGAGAACGCCGCGACUUCAUUCGACCAACUCCCGUACCUAGACGCGGUGGUCAAAGAGGGCCUCCGCUGUUUCCCGCCCAUCCCGAUGUCGAUGCCUCGAUAUGUGCCCCAAGGAGGGAGCAUGAUCGACGGCCACUUCGUCCCCGGCGGCACCAUUGUGAGCUGUCAGGCGUACACGCUGCACAAGGACCCAGUCGUGUUUCCGCAGCCGUUGGAGUUCCUCCCGGAGCGCUGGUUGGAUAAGCAAGGAGAGGCCGAGCGGAACAGAUUGUUCUUUGCCUUUUCCGUGGGCGGCCGAGGUUGUCUGGGCCGGCACCUCGCCAUCGCAGAGAUGAAACUCCUCCUCCGCGAAGUCUAUUCGCAGUGUCGCACGACCUUGUCCCCCCGGAUGGACAGCGACAUGGAAAUGGAGGACCAGAUCAUCGCCAGCAGGCCCAAGGGCCAGAGUUGCAAGUUGGUCUUUGAGAAGAUUUUCGAGCCCUACGACCCUUCACGCGAUGUUCUCUCCCAAACACCAUUUUACCGACGGUUUAAUCCGAACAAGAACCCGACGUUUCACGAUCUCUGCGUCCGCAAAGUCCCCCUGGCGCAGCUGGACCCGGACCUCUUGAGGGAUUAUGACGAGGGAGGGACAAAGUUGGUCGAAGCGUUCUGUGCCGCCGUUUGGGCGAGUCGUGCCUACGCCAUCCAACGCAGAUACCUCCAGCAGCGAUACAGCGCCUCGCCCGCUCUGGCGCACCAGCUCUGGCGACGGCCCGAGCUCCUCCACUCGCACUACGACGUCGGCACCGAAAUCACCAACCACUUCGUCGUGCUGUCCAAGACUCCGACAGCGAUCCUCCUGCGGUGCGGUGACUCGCCGCUCAACACACCUCACGGCCCGCGCGCCGUCGAUGGCCUGUUUGAGCUGAGCGUCACGAUACAUCGGGGGUCUGCCGACACCACCGAGACUGACGGCGACGGGGACGUCGCCGAGUUCCGCAUGAAGAGCCUUUUCUAUUUCGGCGUGGGCGCCGCCGCCUCGAGUCCCAUUGCGCCGCUCUCGCUCGAAGGGUGGGCCCACAAGCGCUACGUCAAGUUGUUGCUCGAGGAGGCUGUCCGGGGCUGUACGCGGCACGGGCAGGGGCAGGGGCAAGGGCAGCCGCAGUCGUCUUGGGACAAUGUUCGCGAAGCAGUAUUCGGGCCCGCCCCAGCGGCGCAGAAAGCAACGACAAGGGAAUGA